AUGGUCCGCAUCCUCUUCUACAUGCUACCCUCGCUGGUCUUCUCCCUGUUUAAUAUCCUGACCCCCUCCGCGGCGGUCGUAGUCAAAGUACAGGGUGAAGCGGGCUUGCCCUCCGGAAGUAAACGGGGCAAGAUCCAGCUGAAGGAGGUCAAGGUCGCUGCCUGGGCGCUCGCGAACCUGGUCCUGAGCAUCGCGACGCAAGCCGCGAUCGAGGAAGCACGAACAAGCCUCUUCGGGAUGCGCAGCGCGCUGAAGGUUUCCAUGAAACUGCCAAUGCCAUGGGAGAUCGUGAAAGAUCUUUCAAUUCCUGUAAAGUAA